UCUUGGCCGGAACACUAACCGUACUGUCGUGUGCGGUGCGAGUGCCCGCGAGUGUCGCCACCUUUACCUUCAGUACAUCAUCGAUUUUCAGGUUUACAACAAAUUAUAAUAAUAAUAAUAUUUUUAUUUAAUAAUUAUCGUGUUCGUUCGCCGUCCGUCUCUUGUUGUAAUUAAAUAUUUAAAAUAUUAUCGUUGUUAUUCGCAGUUCGAUCUGUUAUCGCGUUUAUAGUACCGGAACAUCGUCUCGUCUCAUGUCCGGAGAAACGUCACGAAGCGAAACAUAACAGUGCGUGGUCCGUCGUCAUGUUCUCCAGCAGAACUCGGUCCAGCGUCCGGCUCAAGGAUCCCAAACAAAGAGAUGAUCCAAACGUCGGUGGUGGCGUGGGUGGUAGCGGAGGUGCGUUCACCCGCUGGCUCCGUGAGUUUAGACGCGAGACUUACAAGGUAAACACGACCAACGGUGGCGUUGGUGGUAACUGCGGUAACGGCGGUACUUACCACACGACGGCCGAGGACGGCAGGCGCAGACAUUCGUUCAACGCUCAUGACAAAAACGCUCAUCAGGCCGCUCCAAGACUUGGCGGCUCGCAUAACGCACCCGCGUCCAGGACGCCUUGCCGGCGGGCAAACAGCACUGUGGCACCAAAGUCCAGAGUACGAAACGAUGGAUCGUUCGCUAAACCCAACUGUUCUGCCGUGGCCACCAUCAGAGAAUUGUCCGGUAGUAAGGAGAAUCGUUCCAACUGCAACAACGAGAGCAGGCGCAUUAAUAGCAGUAACAGCAAUAACAACAGCAGCAGUAGCAGUAGCAACGGUGUCAAGUGCGGUCAAGUAACAGCCCGCAUGACAGAAACCUGCGACAGACACGUACCCCUCCGACACAGGGCACCGCUUCCGCCCGUAGAAGUCAAGGACACGAGUUGUGGACACGAAAAGUUUCCUUCCUGGCCGGCCACUACUACCGCGGGGACGACGACCAAAAGCAAUGGAAUGUCUGCCACGGCGGCCAGAAAGUCCUGGGCGGAAGAGCAGACGAAUAAUUACCCAAAAGAAGAACAACCACCGCCCAUCGUCAGGCCAUAUCCAAAGAGACUCUCCAAUGGGCUCUACACUCAACAAUUGAAGACAGUGAUGGAACGGUGCGAAAAGGGUAAGCCCGAACUUCUAGACCGAGUGCGCUCAAUGAGGACCAAAAGCGGUUACGUGGAAAGGCUAACGGCGGAGAAAAAUUUUUGUGUGCCAUUAUCAUUGACGACCGUGCAAGAUCCAGCGAUGGACCUUAAGUCUCAACUCACGCAAGCGCAACUGGAGAAGUAUUCCAGAGCUUAUGACGAUUCGUCGCACCGAGAAACAGACGAGUAUUCAAGCUGUUUUGAUGGUAGCGACAGCGCGUUGUCCAGUCACUUGACCAAGGAGGAACUGGAACACUACACCAGGAUUUACGAGGAAAAGUCUACGUCUCAGGUCAGUCUGACCGAGAAAGCAGUGCCUUCCCAUCAGCACCAAACUUCGUACGCUCAAAGCGAAGGGUACCACAGUUAUGUGUCUAGCACCGAUUCCACGUCGACUCCAUUUCUCGACAGGUUGAGGAGGGAAAACGAAUCCGUCGUCGUCGUGGUCGGCAAGGAUUCGGAUAAAUGCACCGCCACCGCUGCGGUGGCCACGACCCAAGGCAGGGACUCGAGCGCUAGCUCCGGUUCGUCAAGCGAAACCCUCAAGUGGCACGGAUCGAAUAGCGACCUGAGCACGGUGUCCAGCGGUGGGCACCGAGUGACCACGCAGCUGAUCGCCCACAGCGCCAAGGUUUCAGCGCCACAACGACACCACUCGGAGUCGGUGCUCAGUGUGACCGAAAGUUGGUCGUCAUCCGGCAGUGGCCAAGAGCUCACCGGCCGGCCAGCCAACCAGAGGAAUCUCAGGAAACUGUUUCCGGUCAGCACGUACACAGUGCAGCCGGCCGUAGUCAUGGACGAGAAGACUUCGCCGAAAUCUCCACCAGCACUGAGCGUAGCAGAACGUAUCAAUGAACUGGAAAAGCAACAACAACAACAACAAUGCUCCAACAAAUUUACGUAUUUCGAUCCGGAUAAGAAACACAAAGUGCCGGACCAUUCACUGAGAGCCAUACAAAAACGGGCGCUGUUAUCAUUCUACGAGAGACACCAACCAGGAUCGUCUUGGAGGUCCGAACCACAGCUGUCGCCGCCACCUAGACCUCCGCCAAUACCGUCUCGUCCGCGAUUGCCCACUCCACUCUCCAGGCGUUCGUCAAUUUCCUCCGAAUACGACACGCCGGCUACUUGGAAUGACGAUUGUUCGAAAGACGAAUGUUCGAACGACGAAGUGACUAGUGCCAAUAACCCCAAGGAACUCAAUAAAAAUCAACAUAGAAGUUCUAGUUGUGGUUCUCUUUCGACGGCGAUUCUAGGCCCCAUGGUCUUGGGACCGUCGAUAUCUAUCGACGACUGGGUGCCGGAGCUGCCGCCCAAAAAGAAGCAACUCGCCCGACAACAGACGCCCGUGACUACUGCGACGCAGACGAAACGAGAGCCGAGCCCGGACCUGCCGCCGCCGCCACCGAUGGUGGACGAAGACGAGCAUAUGUUCGUGUCGGACGAACCGUUGCCGCCACCGCCACCGGAGGCCAUCUGGCCGAAGCCCGAGUCACUGAGGAAUGACAAGUUCCUGCGCAACGGCAAGGAGAAAAGACUAGAAAGCAGUUUCAGUGCGGUCGAGGACGUGCUGAGCAAUUACCACGGACACCAUCCGCAACACCCGCACCAACACAACGCAAUGAGCGAAAAAUCAAAAUCGCUGUCGUAUAUAUUCGACAGCCACAAGGCUGUGCCACAGACUCCGGUGAAGUCGUUCGCCACCGAACUGCUGCUGCCUACGGGUGGCAAUACGGCGAACGAUUCACCGGACGACCGGCACAACGGUACUAAGGAGUUUGGCCGUUCGUCGAGCGUCCGCCGGAACAAGCUGACCAUACCGAACAAGGACUACUGCAAAUCCGAGUUCUCCGCCCGCAAGUCCGUGUUCCAGGGCGGAGCAGUGCCCAAACAAGUGGUCAUGUCCACCGUCAAGCCACCGGCGUUCAGUGCGACUACGACCACGGUCCAGAGCAAUGUGGUCAAACAUCAGAUCUGCACGCCACUGAAGAUCGCCAGGGACGCGGAUAAAAGAACCGCCACAGCCAACCGGUCACCGUCCACCGCCUCUACUAAGAACGUUGUCGCAGGACCACUCAAGUCUUCCGGCGCGUUCCCGCCGUCCCUCGAACCGAACUGCCCGCCGACGCUCUACCAACAAAGUCAGUCAAAGGCAUCGUAUUUAUCGGCGUACAAGAGAGAGCCGAGGGAACGCGAGAAAGGACUGCCAAAUUUCGAGGGGAGCUACAAAAGGACGGCAUCGCCGAACAACACCGGACGUAGCGAUGCAGCCGUAGCCGAGGAACCGCAAGAUGUGGAAAACGUGGCACCAGACGGCAGCGAUUGUAGCGGCAACCUUUUGGAGUUGGGCGGCCGUUUGCAGCAGGAUAACAACAACUCAACAACAACUAGUCAACAGCCGUCGCCCGUUAAACAGCAACCGGUGGACGUGACGACUGCGGCGGUAGUCACGUUACCACCAGCUCCUACGGUGUUAUCUGAGCGACCGAUUGUCGACCAACAACAACAGCAACAGCCGCAGCCGCAGCAACCGCAGCAACAAUCGAAAACGCUGCCGCGAUCCAACAACUCGGCCGGACAGGACUUCAAACGGUCAUCGCGGACGCCGCGCACCCAGUCCGAUCCGUCCAACAUGCCCAACAAGACGGACGCCGCGGUCAUCACCACGCUGCAGAUGAUGAUGAUGCCGCCGCCCAGACACUCGGAGUCCGUUUCCAGCCUGCACACGCAGAAACGCUCGCAGUCCGACCUGUCGCAGGUGGGCUCGACCGAGAGCGGAUACAGCAGCCUGUCGCUGAACGCUCCGUCCCCGUCGCACUCGCCCACCCGUAUGUCGUCCAGCGACUUCGGGACCGCGAUCGGCGCGCCGCCGCUUCACCACCAUCAUUCGUCAACGGCCGCCAUAAUCACAGCCGUCGGCGGUGAACUCGCGGACGAGUGCACUUCUUCCUGGCACCCAGCCGAGCAGAUUGCCGCUGCCACCAGCCCCGCCGCCCCCGUCAAUCAACAGUACCAUCACCCGGUGUCCAGGAGUUGUUCGGUAGUUUCGUCGGACGCCGCUUCGCAGACCGACCUCAAGUCCGGCGCGGGCACCCCGUCGGUGGUCAGGCGCAAGUUGCCCGAAGAGAUCGAAUGCGAAGAACUGUCGCGCGAUCUCAUCAGUCACCUGUCGCCGUCCGACAAACUUCACAACAUACUAGCUCCGGGACCAGACGUUAAGCGGUCUACUGACUACGUAUCACCAUUGUUCCGUAUGGAUCUGGUACCCCGUUCUAGAACUUCUGUAGCCGAAAAAUGUAUUGACUGUAUCAGCAACGAUACAGACAAUAUUAAUGACGCUAUUUGUAAUCCGAACAAUGGCCUAUCGCCCAAUUCUUCCUAUUACACUAUAUCUGAACCAAAGGCAAAGCUUCUGAAUCUACAGUACAGCCGGCAUAGACAAUUGUCUGGGAUUGCUCUGCCUGAAUGCAAUGGAAUUGGAAACUUGCAAAAGAAAAAGGCGGAUCUUGUAUCCAGAUUGGAUAGAAAGCUAAAGGUUCUCCGUGAUGAACAAAUCGCGCUGGCCGAAGAGGCAUCUGUAAAUGAAACUUUAGGUGUGUCGGUUGCCGAUCGAGUAAAGGCAGUAGCCAAAUCUCAAGAAGCCAACAAAUUUAAAACGCAUGUACAAGAAGUGGGUCAUAUUACCAGCUUGUUGUUAAGCCUUAGUGGACGGUUGGCAAGAGCGGAAAACGCUCUACUUGACUUAAAUAUCGAUCAUCUGGAGAAGAAGGCGCUGGAGGAGAAAAAGUCCAAACUCACAUGUCAACUAGAAGAGGCCAAAGAGUUGAAAGAAAACAUCGAUCGACGCGGUGACUUUGUAUCGACCAUACUAUGCCGUUACUUAACGCCUGACGAGUACUCGGACUAUGAUCAUUUCAUAGCGAUGAAAGCCAAGCUACUGAUCGAUGCUCGGGAAAUAGCAGACAAAAUACAACUGGGCGAGGAGCAACUGCGUGCACUCAAAGAAACCCUUGAAGACUAAAUAUAUAUGUACAAAACAAUAUGCCAAAAGGAUAAAAAAAAAAAUGAAUGUGCACUUGUGUGUAUGUGCGUAUAUUUAAAAGUUAAAAAAAAAAUAAUUUGACUGAAACAAAAGCAAUUUUAUAGUUUUAACUUAGAUCUCUAAUCAGAAUGCUUUGUCUCCCUCCUUCUUGUGGCUGACACUUCAGCUGGAUAUAUGUUGUAUACUUAUUUGCUUUCGAACAACACGUGUUAUUCCUGUAAAUAUUUCUCAAAUUACAAAUUAUAUUUAUCCAAAUAAUGACGCAUA